GGGGUUCUUCCUCGGAACGUUCGGCUCUCCGGGGUUCCUUCUUGGAACGUUCGCGUCGCCAAGGUUCUUUCUCGGAACGUUGCGGAGGCGACUUUCCCGGGCAGCUGCUGAUCAUGAGGAGCAGAGUUGAGGCUUGGAGGAGAGGCCCGGAUCCCCGGCCUUGAACCGCAACCAGCGCUCCAGAAGGCAUGCGUUUCUCCUAGAGGUCGGCCGUCCCCCCGCCCGAUGUCCCGCCUGCCCCCGGGGCUCCAGGAACCCUCUUGGGAACAAGGCAUGACUCUGUGUUGAGGCUCUUCAGACCUGGACUCGAGAAGGAGCCUUGGGAAGGGCAUCAUGGAGGACUUCACGACCAGGACGUACGGGACCGGAGGCUUGGAUAACCGGCCUCUUUUUGGAGAGACGUCGCCAAGGGACAGAAUAAUCAAUCUUGCCGUUGGCGUCGUAGUUUCCUUGUUGCUUCUAGUCACUUUAAUCAGUGCUUUCGUCUUUCCUCACCUACCUCCAAAACCAGUGAAUAUCUUUUUUGCUUUCUGCAUCUCCUUGAGUUGUGCUUCGGCUGGCAUUCUUAUCUAUUGGUAUCGACAAGGAGACCUGGAGCCUAAAUUUAGGAACCUCAUCUACUACAUUUUGUUCUCGAUCAUCAUGCUUUGUAUAUGUGCCAACCUCUACUUCCAUGAAGUGGGGAAAUGACAAAGGUGGCAACGCGUCCAGGUGCUCCCAGGUAGCGUUUUUCAGGCCGUGCUUUCUGAGGAGAGGACCAGGAGGGCUUCCAAAAUAACGCAAGACCUCAACCGGCACAAGAGGUCGGAAGGAAGACCCAGAGGAUAGUUCAGAGGGGUGUAUUUCAAUGGUCCUUCCUUCCUUCCUUCCUGCCGGUGAGGUGAAGUGGUGCAAUACGACAAGAGCAUCUGCUUUAGGGAGUGGGGGUGGGGUGAGCCACAGAAUCGCUAUUAGCACACUUAAUGAACAUUCCAGUUGUAUGACGUUUGUGUUUUUCAGAGUGGCGCACCCUUUUUCCCCCCUCCCCAUUGUGUGUGGGGGGGAAAAAAACGGCCUUCUUUUUUUAUUAUUACACUGUACAAAAAAACCCGCAGCACUGCAAAUGUCUAUACUACAUUAUAAAUAAAAAGGCAUUUACUAUGACAGAA